UCUCUUGGAAAAAUUUCAAUGGCGAUCACAUAUGCUACUGAUUUGCUUUGCUACUUAAUGUUCCUGAUUUGGCUCAUCACCGCCCUGCUAAUUCACUAUUUCAUCAAAACCUUCUCAAAACCUGAAACUGAAAUCUCUCCUCCGCCCAGCCCACCGGCACUGCCCUUCAUCGGCCAUCUUCACUUGGUCGGCAAAGUGCUCCCAAAAUCAUUCCAAACUUUAGCUUCCCGCUAUGGCCCUCUGAUGCAAAUUCGUAUGGGUGCUUCUCAAUGUGUUGUUGUAUCAAACGCUGCUGUAGCCAAAGAAAUUAUGAAAACCCAAGAGCUCAACUUUUCCUCUAGGCCUGAGUUUGGCGCCUCAGAGUACUUCAUUUAUAGAGGAUCAAGAUUUAUUCUCGCUGAGUACGGCGACUACUGGCGGUUCAUGAAGAAACUCAGCAUGACGAGGCUCUUAUCCGUCCCUCAGCUUAAUAAGUUCAUUUCCGUACGCGAUGAGGAGAAGGUGAAGCUUGUGCAGUCGGUGAUGAAGUGUUACAAAAAAGGAAAGCCAUGUGAUUUGAGUAGCGAAUUCACAACUUUGACAAAUAACACUAUUUGUCAGAUGGCGAUGAGCACACGUUGCUCUGGCAGUGACAACGAUGCUGAGGAGAUUAAGAGGCUUAUAAAGACUUGUUUGGUGCUUGCAGGAAAGGUACAUGUAGGAGACGUUUUGGGGCCUUUGAAAGUUCUUGAUUUCUCUGGGAAUGGGAAGAAGCUUAUGUCUGCUUUGCUCAAGUAUGACGGCAUUGUGGAGAGGAUCAUGAAAGAACAUGAAGAAAGAGCGAAGAUGGGUUUUGGUGCUGAUCAAAGGAUGGAUUUGAUGGAUAUCUUGUUGGAAAUAUAUAGAGACCCAAACGCUGAAAUGAAGCUAACUCGAAAGGAUAUCAAAUCUUUCUUACUUGACAUAUUCAUGGCGGGGACAGACACGUCAUCAGCAGCCAUGCAAUGGGCCAUGGGAGAACUCAUAAACCAUCCAAAAGCCUUUAGAAAACUGAGAGAGGAGAUCAAUGCAAUCGUGGGAACAAACAGGCUAGUAAAAGAAUCAGACAUCCCAAAUUUACCUUACCUCCGAGCGGUCAUAAAGGAGACACUGAGACUUCACCCUUCAGCGCCAUUAAUAAUCAGGGAGUGCGCUGAAGAUUGCAUCGUCAAUGGCUACACUGUGAAGUCCAAGAGUCGAGUGGUGAUUAAUGUAUAUGCCAUAAUGAGGGACCCUGAUUCGUGGACUAGUCCCGAUGAAUUUAUCCCAGAGAGGUUUUUGGAGAGCUCUGAAGAGAAAAUUGGUGAGCAUCCAAUGGAAUUUAAGGGUCAGAAUUUUCGUUACCUUCCAUUUGGAAGUGGGCGUAGAGUUUGUGCGGGUGCAUCACUUGCCAUGUUGGUGAUGCAUGCAGCCGUUGGAUCGUUGGUCCAAUGUUUUGAUUGGAAACUUGAGGAUGGGGAGAAGGUUGAUUUGAGCCAAGGGCCAGGGUUUUCUUCAGAAAUGGCAAAACCACUGGUGUGUUAUCCUAUUAAGCAUGCAGAUCUUUUGGAAUCAUUAGUAUGAAUAUGUAGAUAAUUAAGUGGGUUUUUAUUUUUUUGGGAUUGCCAAUCGUUUAAAAUGUGUUUAAGCAAAGUCACUUAAGUUUUUAUUCGUCAUUAUGUUGAAGUGGCUCCUUCUAUCUUUGGGUAGCAAUCAAAAUUGUUUGUUUUGUUUUGUUGUAAU